AUGUUCUCUGAGAUGUGUCUCAACACAGAUCGCCAGCCAUGCUACUACAGGUAUGAGGCAUCACCAUUCCAGGAUCCGAUAUCCCAGGAGGUUAAUGCUGGGAGAAAGAUGAUUUCGCAGGAAGCCAUUGCAGGUGCAGCGAAGUUCGGCAAAGGCUCAGGGUGGCAAGGGAGCUUCAAGGAUCAUAGCAAAGCCUCCGCUUGA